AUGGCCAUCUGGAAGCAUAAGAGGAGAAGAAGAGCUCCUACUCCCCGAUCACUGCCAGUGUUCAUGGCCAUGGAGUCCAUUCCCCUAUCAUUGCCUGUGUCCAUGACCACAGAGGUUGUUCCCCUAUCACUGCCUGUGUCCAUGACUACGGAGAUCGUUCCCCUAUCACUGCCCAUGCUCACGACCACGGAUGUCAUUUCCCAGGCACUGCCAGCACUCCCGACCACGGUGGCCGUUUUCCAGUCGCUGUCAGUGCUCCUGACCACGGUGACUCCAUCCUCAGAGUCUUCCAUGGCUCCGCCUCCAGCGGUCACGUCCGCUCUCCCAGUGACUCCGCCUCCAGUGGUCAUGUCCGCUCUCCCAGAGACUCCGCCUCCAGAGGUCAUGUCCGCUCUCCUAGAGACGACUCCUCCAGUGGUCACGUCCGCUCUCUCAGAGACUCCUCUUCCAGUGGCUCCGCCCUCUCCACCUCUGGAUCCUCCUCCUGGAAUUAAAUUCCCUGCUCCUCCUGUGGCUCUGCCAAUACCAACUAUGCACAUGAAGAUGUCUAAACCUGCUGGGCAUUACUGCCUGCCACAUCUCUGCCAGUGCCUUCAGUUGUCCAGCUAUGAGGUCAUCAGCCGGGAGCCACCUAUCACAGAUGUUUCACCCCAUUAA